GGCGGCGGCGGCGGGAGGCACGGUUGUAGCGGCGGCGGCGGCGGCGGCAGGGGUGGCCGGCCCCCGCCAUGGAGGGCAUGGACGUAGACCUGGACCCGGAGCUGAUGCAGAAGUUCAGCUGCCUGGGCACCACCGACAAGGACGUGCUCAUCUCCGAGUUCCAGCGGCUGCUCGGCUUCCAGCUCAACCCGGCCGGCUGCGCCUUCUUCCUGGACAUGACCAACUGGAACCUGCAAGCAGCUAUUGGAGCCUACUAUGAUUUUGAGAGUCCAAACAUCAGCGUGCCCUCUAUGUCCUUUGUUGAGGAUGUUACCAUAGGAGAAGGGGAAUCGAUACCUCCUGACACCCAAUUUACAAAAACGUGGCGGAUACAAAACUCUGGAGCAGAGGCCUGGCCACCAGGGGUUUGUCUUAAGUAUGUUGGGGGAGACCAGUUUGGACAUGUGAACAUGGUGAUGGUGAGAUCGUUAGAACCCCAAGAGAUUGCAGAUGUCAGCGUCCAGAUGUGCAGUCCCAGCAUAGCGGGAAUGUAUCAGGGACAAUGGCGUAUGUGCACUGCUACAGGACUCUACUAUGGAGAUGUCAUCUGGGUGAUCCUCAGCGUGGAGGUGGGAGGACUUUUAGGAGUAACGCAGCAGCUGUCAUCCUUUGAAACCGAGUUCAACACGCAACCGCACCGCAAGGUAGAAGGAAACUUUAACCCAUUCGCCUCUCCGCAGAAGAACAGGCAACCAGAUGAAAACAACUUAAAAGACCCUGGGGGUUCCGGGCUAGGCACUAUCAGCAAAAACACAUGGGCUCCUGCUCCUGACCAAAUUGAACAAGAUCAAAAUGGACUGUCACAAAACUCUGUAAAUCUCUCCCCCAGCAGUCACUCAAACAACUUAUCGGUAGUGACUUACAGUAAGGGGUUCCACGGCCCUUAUCCUUUUGGACAGUCUUAAAGCGGGUAUCAUCACGAAGAGAAAUUUACAAAGAAGGAUUGACUUUGGGUGGGGAGGGCAAGGGGUUCCUUUGGAUUCCAGACAACACAAUAUGGACCUCUGGCUCUGACUCCGCAUCCUGGAUGAAGAGGAAUCUAAACAGACUAGUUUCAAGUAAACUCUGUAUGCAUGUGUGAAUGCCGAAUUGCGGGAAUGCUGAUCGAGGCUACAGAGAAGAAAUCCUCAUGGUCAAGCUGUGUUACGGGAAGGGGGGAGGGGCUUUUUUUUUAAAGGUAACACAAGUAAUUAGGUUGCUCAGGAGGGGAAAAAUGUUUAGAAAUGGGAGAGAGGAAAAAAAAAGCCAUCUUUUUAAACAAAACUUAUUUUGCCUACAGAGAGGCUGUUGUUUUGAGAAAUGUUAAGUCGGUUUUUGAUUUGUUUUCCCACCCUCAUCCCCUUCUCGCCCUAUCCUCCAACCUCAUUUUAAAAAAAACGGGCAGCACGCGUGGUUACUCCUUGCUCUGAGCAGGGGUGGAUUGGAAAGCUCGAGUCGUGUGUGUUUUGGGAGUCUGUGUGCAUUGCAGUGAGUGUUUCUUCUGUUGUUUAAUAUGAGGUUUGAGCAGGUGCUGACUUUGUGUUUUGAAUGGCAUUGGCCAUUUAAUUGUUGCUCCUCCCCCCUUUUAAUCUUGUUGAUUUACCCUUUUGGCAUCUGAAUCAGCCAACCUGUGGCUCUUUACCACAAGAAAACCUCUCUGAAGACCAAACUCUUUUCCUUGUGUUGUCUUCAACAGAGGAGGCCUCUGGAACAGACCUCAGAUGAUGGAGGCUUUUAUUUGUCUGAAGGAAUCUGCGAGCUCGCAUACGAGCACACGCACACACACACACACGCACAAACGUGUGCACUCUGAAAUCUGUAACAAGAAGCAAAAUUAGGUUUCUUCCACAUUUCUUUUAUUAUAGAGAAAUAUUUUCCACAGGUGAAAUUCUAUUUAGGGUUUUUCAUGCUUUGAGAUAGGCUGCAUGUCAUUAUGUUCUUCCCCCCCCCCCCCCCCCCCCCCCCCCCCGCCCAAAAGUGUGUAUGUUUCUUGGUGUAAUUCACCAGCCAGUGUGUCAGUUUCAAGGUGUCAUGUAAGUUUUCUGUUUUCAUCACAUUUCCUUGACUGUGUUUUCUCCCUCGAGUCCUCCUUUGUGAUAUGUUCACAGCCAGCCUGUGGAGGCUGAGCUGCUGCUGUCUGGAAAUAUUGAAACUAGAGCCGCAAGUGUAAUCAGCCAUAGGGGAGAGCCACAUUGUCACUUCUCAACCUUAGAGGCCACAUUAGUCUGGAAACAAGAGGUCCUCUGGGCAGGGUGCUUUGUAGAAGUGGCUGGGAACUAGGGUUAAUGGGCAGGGGAGGGGGGUGGGGCUCGGGGAUUACAGCCAGAGCUGGGAUCCAGCUGCUGGCUGUACAUCUGUUUCAGGCUCAAAUCUCUGCACUGCCCUAGCUGCCUGUUGGCUCUGGGACAGGUAGGAUAUGGAUAUCCCAGUGGGAAGCUUGAACCAGGCUAGAACAGCUGUCUGCCAAAGAUACAAGAAUAUGCAAAGUCCUCUUCCAGCCCCUAUCCUUACCCAAUCCAAACCCCACCUCCCAUUACCCUUCUCCCCAAACCACACUAAAAAGUCUUAGCAAAUAACCAAGUCAGGAGGGUUGUGUUGUCUCUCAGUGAGUGGAUCUGAAAUGCAGUUGCAGUAUUGUCUGCCCAUUGCCACUGCCAGGGUGGCAUUAAGCUUCCCAGACCAGAUAUGCAGCUGCAGGGGGUCCUGUAGCCUCUGUAUGUGUGUGUGUCUUUGUGUGCUUGAGUGUGUGUAUGUAGGUAUGUAUGUACGUUUGAGGUUUUGGUGUCUCUGGAUGGUAAUUCUGAGAAUGUGGUCGUCCUCAUCCUCCUCUGAUGCUGGUGUUUUGGUUUUUUUUUAAAGCAUGAUUGUAGGAGAGGGGUGUGUGUUUGUGUAUGUGUGUGUGUGUGUGUGUGUGUGUGUGUGUGUGUGUGUGUGGCCUAUAAUGAGAGGAUGACCUUUUGCCUACUAGGGAAGCCCUGGGGAAUGUUAGGAGCCAGCUUGAUCAUAAGGGGACAAUUGUAGACCAGUAUGGGAUUGGGGGUAGUGUUUAUACUGCAGUAACCAUUUUCUAUGCACAAGCUGAGUGCCUCAUGCCAUUUGCAAAGAGGGAAAAUGUGCUGGGUGACUAGUAGGCUGUGGAGCUGAGUUAAACCAGCAGAGUCCCAAGUUCUAAGAAGCAGAAUUGUGGAAUUCUGGGGAGAGGCAUAGAUUUCUGCUUCUGCUACCAUCUUCUGCCCUUUCAAACUUUUUGUGGGCUCGGGCUAUAUCCUGAGACCCAGGAAUCUUCUGCUAGUUCCUUCUUUUGCUAGCCCAGAAAGUAGAAAAUCAGCAGCCCCUCCCAGCCUUGCUCCAUCAUACUCAGGCCCAAUUUGUAUUCAAAAGCAUUGUCCCACCCACUGUAAUAGCAAUAGAGGGGAUUGGCUACAGAUGCCUCAGGCCCUCUUGAAUCACAAGCCUGACCCCUUCCCUGCAGUCGGGGGAUGCUUCUUACCUGCACACACUGGAGUCACCUUAGCUUAAACUCCCUUCAAAAUACAGACUAAGGAGGGAGUGCUGUCUGGUUCAAGUGAAGCAGGGCAUGGUCAGCAGCUCUCACCAGUCAGGAGCUUUUAGCUGCUGACUUCCCCAUUUGUUUCCUUUCUUCUCCUGUGCUCCCAUUCCUCCUGUCCUUAUUUUGGAAACAUCCUACAAUACCUGUAAAUCUCUGGACAGGGCCACCUUCCCCAUUUGAGGUAAGGAGGGAGACGUUUUGCUGCCAUGUCUGCAGAAUGGAAAGUAUUUCCCCUUUGGUGCUGACUCAUGGUCUACCUUGUUUAGGCCAAUGGGGAGUAGCUAGAGGGCUCAGGGUGAGAUAUCAGUAUGUGUGGUGUGUAUGCAUGUGUUCCUUUGGGGGAAAGGAGGGACAGGAGUUGUUUGGGGGCAUUUUUCUAAAGUAAAUCUGUGCUUCCUUCUGGGAGGGGUGCUUCCAGCCUGGGGAAGAAUCUGCCCUGACAGUAAUACGGCCUGAGGUUAACUAGGAAGGGAAGGUGAUGGGGACGGAACUUCCAGGACUUGGUCUGUGCCCUAGCACCUGGAGUGUAGGGGUGCUGGGCCCUCCUGGAAAUGCACGAUGUUACCUGCCUAGGUUUUCCUUCCUUGUCUCUGGUCAUUGGAGUGGGGUGGCAUGAGGAAGCAGCAAUAGGCCCAGGCUGCCCCCUUUGGUUAGGGUGGUGAUGCAUGUGUUGAGAGAGAGAGAGUUGGAUGAUGUGGUGGGGCCUCACAGUGCCUGGGAAGAGAUGGUGAAGAGGCUUUUCAUUACUGUAUAAAUGAAUAUUUGUAUGAUUAAAUUAACGCAGAAAAUCUA